CAAUGGGAAUCUUCCGCGUCCAAAAAGGCCAGACAACCCACUAGCGAACUCGAAAACCUGAAGAAAAGACGAGAGUACCGUAACUGUCACUGGUUGGUCGAGGAAAGAUGAAGCCAAUGGUCCUGGUUACCCUGGCCACGUCGGCGCUGACGGCGCUGGUGGUGGGCAACGCGUACUCGCAGAAGCGGCAGUUUUACACCACUUUGGUCUACCUUCUCAACUCCAACAGGACUCUAGGGGUACUGUACGUGCAGGCUGCAGUGAUGCUGUGGGUUACAACUACUGUCGUCAAAAACCUGUUCUUUGGCACUCUAAGAGCUGCAGAAGUGGAGCAUCUGGUGGAGAAGUCGUGGUACAUGGUUCUGGAGACGUUCAUUCUUCUGGCUGGGUUCCACGAGGACAUGCAGGUUGGCUUCGUGACCACCAUCACCUUCCUCUUUGUGAUCAAGGCCUUCCACUGGCUCAUUGAAGAGAGAAUCAACUACAUGGAGCGAAGUCCUCUCAUUGCGUGGACGUUCCACCUCCGUGCAGUCUCAAUCCUCUUCCUGCUGGCAGCCAUUGAUCUCCUCUACAUUCGCUACUCCUGGGCCAGCCUCCGGACAAAGGGAGCCUCCGUUCAGAUUGUCUUUGGUCUCGAGUACACCAUAAUGCUGCUGGUGGGCCUCAAUACGUUCCUCCACUACGUCCUCCAUUCUAUCGACCUGCGCAGCGAGGACCCCUGGGAGAAUAAGACAAUCUACAUGAGAUACGUCGACAUUGGAGUCGGAUUUAUGAAGCUGUGUCUGUACAUGAGCUACAUGCUGUUCAUGAUGUGGAUCCUCUUCAUCCCUCUGCACAUCGCACGGCGCAUCUUCAUCACUGCCAAGCACUUUCAGAAGAGUGUGAACGACGUUCUGUCCUCUCACCAAGCCAUCAGGAACCUCAACACUCUGUAUCCUGAUGCCACCGAGGAGGAGCUGCGAGCGGCAAACACUGUCUGCAUCAUCUGCAGAGAGGACAUGCUCCAGCGCUGCAAGAGACUCCCGUGUAAACACAUCUUCCACACCAGCUGUCUCCGCUCCUGGUUCCAACGCCAGCAGAACUGCCCCACCUGCAGAAUGGAUGUGCUCAGCCACAGUGCCUCUCUGAGGAGGAACAGAAGACUGCAGCAGCAGCAGCACGGACCUCCGCAAGAUAAUACUGCCCAGGGAGGAGCUAACAACGGAGGUGAAGGAAGAUCAGAAGGCACCAUGUCACCGCCGGCACACCCUCACACCACUCCCCCUCCUCCACCCUUUCCGCCGGGGUUUCCCGCCUUCACCCCUUUCUCCAUGCCACCCUUUAUGAUGCAGCCACCAUUCGGAGGAGGAAUGGGAGGAGGAGGAUCACUGGCUGGUCUGACAGACGACCAGCUGAGGAGUCUGGAGGGAUUGGAGAGGGCCAACGUCGAGGCUCGCAUUGCAGUUCUGAGGAAUAUCCAGAGACUGUUGGACUCGGCGGUCACCCAGAUGGUGCAGUACUCCACUGUCAUGACCAACAUGGGUAAUGCAGUAUUGGUGUGUCAUUCUGUUUCUUCAGAGUUGCAGCAGGACCAGGAUUUCCUGGGCACCCCUAUCCUCCUGCCACUGCUGUUCCUAACUCCCGACCUCCUCCCACUGCCUCUUCACAGCAGUCACCUGCCCCUCCCCCUCCCCCUGCUAAUCCAGCCCCUUCGUCAACCCCUCCGUCUCCUCCGAGGCCCCUUGUUGAAGGGACAGAGAGAAUACAGCUUCACUGCCGGACAGCUGGAUCCACAGAAGAGCAGAGAAAGAGAAGAGGGAGAAGAGGAAGAGGAAGAGGAGAGAGAGGAGGGAGAAAGGAGAGGGCUCUUCACUGUUGGAGAGACUAAUUCUAGCUCUGCUAGUAUUGCUGGUGGAGAAGGAGGGAGUGGUGGUCCCGGGGAGGGCUCGCCCGCCGCUGUGGAUGAACUGAGACAGCGAAGGCUGCAGAGAUUUCACAGCUUGCCAGCUGUGUCCCAAGUAGCAGCAGCAACAGAGGACUCUAUGUCAUCAGCUAGCAAGACUGAUGGUCAUGGUGGGACUAACGGUUCCUCAACCCAAUCACCUGAAAAAGAACAGUAG